AUGAUCAGAACACCCACAAAGUUCCGGGCUCCGGGUACGGAGCUGACGAGGACGAAAUCGGAGGUGGACGAGGGACCUUUGGGAAAAGAACUAAGGACCCCUACGCACGACGCCCCGGUCUCCUCUGCGAAUUACUCCUUCUCGAAACACAACGACUUAGAAAGGAAGUUUACCUCUUCUUACAGCUCUUCCAGGUUGGAUCCAUACAGAAACAAUUCUCUGCAAACCUCCGAUGUUCAGCUUCCAAAGAUCAAAGCGCACAGAUCGAAUCCUUCGGUCCCAUUGUUCACGGAAAGUUCCAACAACGACAAAGACAAACGCAGACUGGUGCGGCAAUUUUACAAUUCUCCAGCUGUCAAUUCAACUCAGACCUCGUUGGUGAAUACCAGCGUGAGUAGUGGUGUGAACUCCACUCCUUCUUCCAAGAACAAGGCCGCGUUGAACUUCAGUUUCGUAUCGCCAGAGGGCAGAACUUCCCGGACUUCUUCCCAUUUCGAUCCCUUAACGCCGUCAGCUCAGCCUUCACACUUGUCAGAUAAUGAGGAGGAAGUUAGUGACCGUGAUGAGCAGUUUAGUUUGCGAAAAGAAGUUGCCAGGCUGGAGACUUUGCUGAUGGAUACUAUCAAAAACAAAAUCGCUAGGGUUGAAAUGGAGAACCAUCAGCUGAUGGAUCAGCUGCAGAUCAAGUACACGGAGCUUGAUAAUCUCAACAGAGAGAUCAACGGAUUGUAUAAUGAUCUUUCUGAGGACUUGAAAGUGUUGAAGGAGAAGGAUUACUCUCAGUUCACCACCAGCAAAGAGGCCACUGAGAAACAGACGUCUGGAGUGCUGGGCGAACUCGACACGAAGUUGUCGGCCUAUAAGGAAGUCUUGCGACAGGAAAAGGAGUUUAUUGGGAAACUUGGAUCCGAUAUCGGACUGUUAGAGAAAGCCAAGAUGAGCCAUUAUCAGAGUCGAAAGUAUAGGCAAAAGUUGAUCUUCUUCUGUACAUCUGGACUGGUGUUAUCAGUUUUGUUUUUCAAGCUAAAGCAGUUUUGA